GCGCCACGUCCGUACAGUACGCGCACAUACUGCAAAUAUUGUGUAGUAGAGUUUGGCGUGCAGGGGUUAGGAAGUUUUCGGCGUAAAAAAUAACAAGUUUAUUUUUCACGCAUAAGUCGCGCAAUCAUGAAGCUCCACGGUCGAAGAAAUUGUUUCUCGGCUGCCGUGGCCGCACUGGUGCUCGUCCUGUGCUCCGCCCUGGUCAGCGGCAACUUCGUGAUCGAGCCGAGUCUCAAUAUCAAAAAUGCCGACCGGACCAUCGAUCUGCACUCGCAGCUCACGAAAAUCACCAACAAGCUCGUCGUCGAGAACACCGGUAAGAGCCCGGUCAAGUACGUGCUCUUCGCUCUGGACGCCAAGCAACGUGAACAGCUCAGCUAUGUGUCGGCUCUGCUCCGAGAGCACGGAAGACCCGAGCUCAAAGUCAAGCCUGUCAAGGAUGGCUCGAUACCACAACAUUCCGAUAAAAUAUUCUUCUCCAUUGAGCUGAAGGACCCACUUCAACCUCAGAGAUCCAUGCCCAUCGAAGUUGAAGUUCUUCUCACUCAUGAACUGCAACCUUAUCCCAAGGAGAUUAUGCAAAAAGAUAAACAGCUUGUUAAAUAUCUUGGCAAUGUGUACCUCUACUCACCGUACCCUGUCACCAAGCAAACCACAACUGUUGUUUUGCCAUCUAGGAAUGUUGAAAAUUACUCCAGAAUCAAACCUGUCACCCAAAGUGAUACAACCAUUACUUAUGGUCCUUUUGAUAAGAGACCUGCUUUUGCCAAAGAAGAAUUAAUGGUGCAUUUUGAGAAUAACAAUAAAUUCCUUACUGUCACCAAACUUGAAAGAGUUAUUGAAGUAUCUCACUGGGGUAAUAUUGCUGUCGAAGAAACUAUUGAUUUAUUGCAUACAGGAGCUUUGCUCAAAGGAUCAUUCUCAAGGUAUGAAUAUGCAAGAGAAAUGAAAUCUGGCCAACCAAGCAUUGCAAGCUUUGAUACAAUUUUGCCAGCAGCUGCUUCAGAUAUUUAUUAUAGAGAUGAGAUUGGUAACAUAUCUACCUCUCACACAAAAAUUAAGAAAGAUUCUGUAGAAUUGAAUUUGAGACCUCGUUUCCCGUUAUUUGGUGGAUGGAAAACUCGUUACAUUAUUGGAUACAAUGUUCCCAGUUAUGAAUAUCUUUACAACUCUGGUGAUGAAUAUAUUUUAGAUAUGAGAUUGCUUGAUCAUAUCUAUGACGAUAUGGUUGUUGAUGAGAUGGUUCUUAAAGUAAUUUUACCAGAGGGAUCUAACAAUGUUCAAAUAGAGCUUCCAUAUGAGGCUACUCGUCUACCUGACUCUCUUCAUUACACAUACUUGGAUACUACAGGUCGACCAGUAAUAUCUGUAACCAAGAAAAAUCUAGUAGAAAAUCACAUCCAAAACUUCAAGCUCAAGUACACAUUCCCUAAGUUACUGAUGCUGCAAGAGCCCCUUUUGGUUACUGUAGCUUUAUAUAUUAUGUUCCUAAUGGUUAUUGUUUAUGUUCGUUUGGACUUCUCUAUUGAUAAAGAUGAAGCUUCAGAGAGUAAAUUACGUGUUGCUGGACAAUGUGAAAAAAUUUUGGCAGCACAAGAUCGCAGAGUUUCAUCGUACAAUAACUUAGAUGACUUGUUAACUCAAUUAAAAACCAACAAAGAUGUUAAUUUAUUCUCAUCUGCAGUUAAGGGAGUUAAUCAAGAAUACAAAAAUGCUACUGCUGCCAUUGCAGAAUUAGCUCAAAGAUUAAAAGGAGAAUCUGGAGAUGUUUAUGAAAGGAUACAAGCACUUCAAAAACACGACAGAACUCUGAAGGAUCUCUAUAAUCAACAGCAAUCUAUGUAUGUUGAUAAAUUGGUGCCAGGUAAAAUGGGCAGACAGCAAUUCAUUGAUGCAGAGUCUAUUCUAUCUAAGAAGAAAGAAGAUUGUGUAGAAAAAAUCAACAACAUUGUCAAGUCUUUGCAAUAAAUCAUUGCACUCAAAAACUUGCAUGAAUGCAAGUUGUGAUAUCACUCAUUCAGAAUUGUUUGAAGUCAGAGAAUAUCUAAUUCUCAACCACAGUUUUGUAAAAUAUUGUUGCAUUUAUUUGAUUGAUCCACAGUCAAGCUUCAAGUAUUUGUAAGCUAUUAUAUAAGAACAUCAUGCAUUUUCAAAGUAGCACAGAACCUCAUUUGUCAGCAAAUUUAAGGUUCCAGAGCAAUUUUUUAAAUUUCAAGUAAAUGUUUUUCAAAGGACAUAAGUUUUAUUUGUAGUUUUUGAUUUGCAUUUAACUGGUGCAUAAUCAAUUUUUGCGUAUGAAUGCUUUCUAUGAGUAGAUCUGACACUCAAAGUGUCAUUCUAAGUCUUUGUAAAUUCUUUUAUAUUGUAAUGAAAUAAUAAAAAAAUGUAUUUUCAUUGACUUAAA